AUGACAAGGGACAAGAAGGACAAAGAGAAACCCACCACAACAGCUGGUGAAGAAGAAUUAUCAGGGGGCGGGCAAGACCCGGCAGUAGCCUUCAUAGUGGGUCCCCCAACCGUGGACGGUGAUGGUGACAGUGACGGGACUAGAGCACAAGCAGCAGGGUCGUUUGAUGAUGGUGAUGGAUAUGGUAUGAGGGGUAGUAGGCGGCGGUGGUGGUGGUGGUGGCGCAGAAGUUGGUCCACAGGGUGA